AUGCCUGAAGGUUUGGAGACGUUAAGGCAUCAGCGCGGAACGUGCAAGGCGCGUCUUACACAUUUUGAGACAUUCAUAACCGGGUUUAGCGAAAGUGGCGAACCGGUAGAAGCCUUAAAAGCGAAAAUCAAAUUCGUACAAAAUUCAUGGUCUCAAUUUGAUAGAGUGCAAUCGCAAAUCGAAACGUUAGACGGGGAUGAUGCGGAGCGUCCGGUCAUCGAGGAUCGAUACUGUCUCCUUCUUGGUCGUGCUCGUGCCCUCGUAAAUACAUUGACCCGCCCUGCAGGGGCAAAUCGCGAACAUGCAGAUGUUGGUAACGCAAAUAACGGUAUUAAAGUCAAGCUGCCAGCGAUGAACCUUCCGGUGUUCGACGGAAAUCCGGAAAAAUGGCUAGAGUUUCGAGACAGCUUCCAAGGGCUAAUAGAUGGUAAUCGCGAGCUAACAAACAUUCAGCGUAUGUAUUAUCUUAGAUCAUCUCUGAAAGACCGAGCCGCAGAAGUUAUUCAGUCUUUAGAGUCUUCCGCGGAAAAUUACCCGAUCGCUUGGAAUCUCUUUUGA